AUGAUGACAGUGCUGUCCUGCCUGGCCAACAUCGGCGAGCAGCUGGACGGGGUGUCGCAAAGGUUCCGGGAAGACAACCCGCAGAAGGUCGUGGGCGGGGCGACCGUCGGCACCAUUGGGGACAUCGUCGCGUGGGCGAGCGAGACCCUGAGUUCCGCUUUAAGGUCGAUGCGGGUGAAGGCCGCCAAGGAGAAGAAGCCGAGCGGAUGGAGCAAGCUGCGCGCGGUCAACAAGAUGAGCAUGUCUAUGCUGAUGAGCAAGCAGGUGCGCAUCGGCGUGGACGGCUCUGCCGCGGAGCGCCCCGCGGUCGCUGGUUCACCUUCGGAGGUGCGCAUCGGCGUGGACGGCUCUGCCGCGGAGCCCGAGGGGUCAGGGAACCCGAGCCCGGCGUUGUCGAGGGCUGCCUCCGGCACGAACUUGGGCGUGGCGCGCAGCUCGAACGCCUCGGUCUCGGCCGCCGGCGACGCCGCAGCCGCCAUCACCGCCUCGCGCCAAGGCUCGCGGCAGCCCUCGCGCUCGUCGCUGGCCGUCUCGGCCGCCGGGAUGGCGGCGCUGGCGUCGGCCGGCCCUAGCGUGUCCUCGCCGCUCGAGCCCGUCGCCGCCCCCGCCGAGGCGGCCGCCCGCGCGGGCCCGGCGGCGCUGCAGGGCCGGGACAGCCUCCUCGUCGUGGCCGCCCCGGCCCCUGCGGCGCCGAUGACUCCGGAGCGCAUGACCCCAGCCAGCGGCACCCGCAGGGAGUCCUCCGAGUCCGACCAGAGCGCGGAGGCCGCCGCCGCGUUGCGCGCGAGAACGGUCCCCGCCGGGACCCCUCGGUCCAACGGGUGGGCCCACUUCGUCACGCCGAUCGGGCUGGCCGAGGGCGACGACGGAGAGGACGACUCCCUCGUCUGGAAGUCGGCCCCCGAUCUGCUGGAGGCCCCGGCCGAGGAGGACGUGCCCGUCGCAGCGCCCAGGCUGGAGUCAUCGGUGCAGACGACCAUGACGAUGCAGGACAUCGAGAACAAUAUCAAGAAUGCCGAGAAGAAGGCCGAGCCCGCGGGCAACGGCGGCAUCUCGGAGGAGGAGUUCAACAGGAGGUUGGAGGAGAUGCGGAAGAGGAUCGAGGCCGAGAUGAGGUCGGCCUCUCUGAAGAUGGAGGCCGAGCGCGACGAUGCCGCGCUAAAGGAACUGGAGAAGAAGCUGAGGGAGGCCGAAGUCGACAAGAAGAAGUUCCAGCGGAGGAUCGAGGAGCUGGAGAAGCUCCUGAACCAGACGCCGGAGGGGAGGGAGUUCCUGGCGAAGUUUGGCCAUGAGCUCAAGGUUCUGAAGCAGCGGGACGUGUACGCGAGGCUCUACACCGACGCCGUGGCCAGGAUGCAACGCAUGCAGGAUGACAGGCAGAGCACCUUCGAUACCCUCACGUCCAGCGUCUCGCAGGUGGUGACCAGCUUCAAGAACUGGGGCGGGGAGGUCCCCACGGUGCAGCACGACCUCCACGGGCGCCCCGCGCUCACGGUGGUCCAGGAGCGGCGGACCUCCAUCAUCCAGCAGGAGCGGCGGACCUCCAUCGUCCAGCUCGGCGGAUCUCCCUCGGCCAUGGUGCGGCGACCCUCGUGGACUGGGCACGGCGGCACUACCGCGGACCGUCCGACGAGCGGCGGCGGCGUCAGCGUCAGCCACAUCGCCGCCGACCUGGACCUCUCGCCGGUCGUCGGGCGCCGCGCGGCGAGCAGGGGACCCUCGUCGCGCCCCGCCAGCACCAGGACCGGCCGCUUCUUCCAGGGCGCCGGCACGGUGGAGGACAUGCCCGACCUCGCGCCCGUGGCCCUGGGCAUCGGAGGGGGAGACCCUCCCAUGGUGCGCGGGACCCGGGCGGCGCUCGCCGCAACGGGCACCACGCUGGAGCUGGGACGCGGCGGCGCGGUGGAGGCCCAGGCAGCCAUGCAACAGAUGGCUGAGACAGUGCGGCAGCUGCAGGCGCGCCAGCAGCAGCUGGAAAGUGAGUUGCAGCAGGCGCGGACGGAGGCGGCAGCAGGCCGCGGGGCGGCCGCUUCUGGGGACGCAGGAGGUCAGGCGCCGAGGGCGCAGGCCUCUGCGAGCGUGGGGGUGGACACCAGGCUGCUAGGCAAGCCCAGCGACUUCUCCGGGGAGAAGACCGCGUGGCGGGACUGGAGCGCUGUCUUCCGGGGCUACGCUGGGGCGGCAGUCCCACGGCUCGCGUCGUUGAUGAAGUCGGAUGCCGACUCGACCGAUCCAGUGCCAAACGUGACACUGACUGAUCAAACGGACGCUCAAGCCAGUGCUCAGCUCUAUUGGAUGUUGCUCAUGCUGUGCAAAGGUGCGGCGCUCAACAUCGUUCUCCUCGCGGGGGACAACGAGGGGCUAGAAGCAUGGCGGAAGCUAGUGGACGAGCACGAGCCCAAGAUGCGGACGCGAUUCGCUGGGCAAUUGAUGAACGUCCUCUCCUUCUCGCUGCAGGGUGACAUCCCUGAGCGCAUCACGGCGUGGGAACGUGAGAUCGCCGUUUAUGAGCGGGACUCGAAGAAGACCCUCGACGACGAGGUCAAAAUCGGGACGUUUUUGCUGCGUCUCCCCGAAUCGCCUCUCAAGACCCACCUCUUGAUGAGGGUGGACCAGCUGACGAGGUGGAUCGAUUUCCGGGCGGAAGUCGUAGCCAUCAGCAGGUCGAUCGCCAUUGCGCAGGCUCAGCCGGUGCCGAUGGACAUCGGCGCCGUCGCCAAGGGAGACGGUCGUGGCAGGCCUGGCGGUGGUGCCAGGGGCACGGGCCGCGGCGGCCAGCACCAGCAGCAGCACGCAUGUCCAAGGUGCGGCGCAAAAUCGCACACGAAGGCGGACUGCCCGCACAAGGACCGGGCGUGCUACAACUGCGGCCAGCCCGGGCGCCUGGCUGCCCAGUGCCCCAGGCCGAAGGUCCACUCGGUGGAAGACGGCGGAAACGCGGAAGCCGCGGAGGUAGCAGCGGCUGCGGGCUACUUCGACAUCGGCGCCGUCGGCGUUGACACCGAGGGCGGCCUGAAGAGUACAGGAGGGACGCGGGUAGCCCCGCUCCCUGGCCCAUCGGCUUCGGACGCGGGUAGCCCCGCUCUGAACGCCGUGGGAGGGCCGCGCGUCGAGCCAGGCGAGUGGCUCGACAUCGAGGUGGAUUCCGGCGCGGAGGUCAGCUGCCUCCCGGUAGGCGUCGGAGCUGGCUCGUACCCCCUCCACCCGACGAGGCUCAGCCAGAGCGGGGGGUACUACGUGGCAGCUGGGGGCGGCCGGCUGUAUGACCAGGGCGCGCGGAUCCUCGGGCUGGAGGCGGACGACGCCCACGGCCAGGCGGUCAACCUCGUCGUGCGUUUCCGCGUCAUGGACAUCGCCAAGGCGUCGUUGGCGACGGACGACCUGAGCAGGUGCCAGUGGGAGACGGUGUUCCCUGCUGACGGCGGCGGGGCCUACAUCCUCCGGAGAGCCUCCGGGACUCGCAUCAACCUCGUGCGGAAGCGACGGGCCUGGUACUUGAGGGUACGCCUGAAGCCACACGAGGACUUGCCGUUCACCUCGGCGCAGGAGCUGUCCGAGGUCGCGUCGAUGGAGGACCGAGGGAUUUACCCUCUCGACGCGGACGUUGGGACGGAGGCUGAGGAGGGAGCACCAGUCAAGAAAAUGGUGGUUCCCACUCGGCCGACGGCGGCUGAGCGUGAGGAGCACAUCGCAGGUGGCCACGCGGUCUUCCGCACCUGGUGCCGGGAGUGCUGCGUCGGGCGUGGCCGGAUGCACCACCACACCUCUGGCGGCCCAGAGGUCAGCAUCCCGGUGGGAGGUUGCGACUGCGGCUACUUGAACGACAGGGGCGACGACGCCCAGGGUCAGCCGAACGCGCCCCUACUGCGCAGCAGGUGCACAGGGGAUCGUUGGCUAGGAGCCGCAGUGGUCCCAGCGAAGGGGGCCGACGAGUACGCGGUGAAAGAGCUGAAAAGCGAUGUCGUGGGCAGCGGCUUCGACGAGGUUAUCCUCAGGAGCGACGGCGAGGCGUCCAUCGUGGCGCUGAAGACGUCGGUUGCGGCGGCGCUCAAGCUCGAGGGCGCGCGCGUGAAGCUGGAGGAGUCCGCCGGGUACGACUCGCAGGGCAACGGCCUCGCAGAGGCCGCCGUGCGCGAGGUGAAAGACGCCGUGCGGACCAAUCUGGCGUGCCUGACGGUGCGGUACGGCCAGAGCUUCGACGGACAGCACCCCAUCAUCCCUUGGUUGGUGAAGUAUUCGGUUGCGAUGAUCAAUCGCGUGCGCCGCGGGGCCGAUGGCAAGACGGCCUUCGAGCUUCGCAAGGGGCGCGGUUUCGCUAGAGUCCUUCCGGCUUUUGGAGAGAAGGUGCUCUUCAUGAUCCCAGGUGUGACCAAGGCUCCGGCCCGGGUCGAGCCUCGCUGGGAGGAUGGCGUGUUCUUGGGCCUGUCUGAUCGGAGCGACGAGCUCUACGUAGGCACAUCCAGGGGCAUGCACAAAGUGAGGGCGGCGCGAAGGCGCGAGGCGACGGAGCGUUACGACGUGGCGUUCCUGAACACCGUCACUGCUCGUCCGUGGGACGGGCCACGGAGCUUGAGGGCUCCAACGCGAGUCAUUUUACCUGACUUGCCAGCUCCGGCGGUGGAUGCCGAGGAGGCGCCUACGGCGACCCGCCGGGUUUACCUCUUGAAGGAGGACUUCGUGAAGCAUGGGGUCACGCAGGGAUGCCCUGGCUGCAGGGCGAUCGCCGAGAAUAAGCGGGCGCAGAUGCAUUCCGAGGAGUGCAGGAUGCGCCUGGAGACCGAAUUGGCCAAGACAGAAGCGGGCCGGCAGCGGCUCAUGAAGGCCUUUUGCGGCUACGGCGGCUACAGCGGCUCCGGCGGCGGCUUCAUCCUCAGGCGCGGGAGGCACGGGAACGACUACAGCGGCUACGGCGGCUACAGCGGCUCCGGCGGCGGCCUCGGGCGCGGGGGGCACGAGAGCGACUGCAGCGGCUGCGGCGGCUACAGCGGCUCCGCGGCGCCGCCUGCCCAGGACCCAACCCUGGCGGACCGCGACGGUUCUGAGAUGGACACGAGUCCGCCGAGUAGGAAGAGGCAGAUCGAGAUCCAGGCGCGCGGAGCGGAGGGCGACAUGGACACUGCGAUGGUGGCCGCAAGCGGUCUGCAUGCGGACGCCGUGGCGCUCGUGGAGGCGUAUUCUCUGGCGCGCCCGCAGCGCAAGGCCGGCGCUUUCGGCUUGCACGCUGGCGUGGCCAUGGAUUUGCGUUUGGGCUGGGACCUGGGGCGCGACGACGAGCAGCAGGAGGCGCAGGGGCGGCUGGACUUGGAGAAGCCGUACUUGCUUGUCCUCGGUCCAAUGUGGUUGGACCCAUCUCAGCUUCACGAGCUAUCGGCGCACCUUCGGAGGUUGCAGGAGUUGUUGGAGACGGGCCGCAAGCACCUCGAGUUCGCGUGCGCGUUGGCGCGGCAGCAGGUUGCCAGGGGCGGCCGGGUGCUCUUCGAACUCCCCUGGGAGGCAGCCUCGUGGAGCGAGGAGUGCAUCGUCGAGAUGUUGGCGACGAGCGGUGUGCAGCGCGUGCGAUGCGACCAGUGCCUCUUCGGCCAGGUUUCGGUGGAUGGAUCUGGCCAGGUGGGGCCAGCUCGUAGGGCGACCGGGUUCAUCACGAACGACCCGUUCAUCGCUCGAGCCGUGGCGCGACGGUGCCAUGGAGGGCGCGAGCACGUGCAGUCGCUCGGAGCCCGGGCGAAGACGUGCGAGAAGUAUCCGCCCCUCUUGGUGGCGGAGAUCCUUCGAGCUUUGAGGAGCUCGAUGCGCGCUGCUGGAGGCGGCGCGGCGGAGAGGAUGCUCGGCAACGACCGCGAUGGAGGCCGGGAGAUGAGGUACAUGGAGGAGUUGAAGGUUUUAGAGUUGAGUGACCACGAGACGUGCAUACAGGAGACUGGUUCACCUCCGAUUCCAACUGAUUGGGUCGACAUCGACAAGGGCGACCCCUCUCGACCGAACUAUCGGUCGCGGCUCGUGGCACAGGAGACGCGCAGACGGACGACCAUCGACGUGGACGAUUGGGCAGCGACGUUCGCUGCGACCCCUCCGUAUGAUGUUUUUCGUCUGCAGCUCAGCUUACUCAUGACGUAUCCGAGGCCUGAGAAUCCUAACGAUGAGGAGGUGUUGAUGUUGUUGGACAUUUCACGUGCACAUCUCCAUUCACCCUUGAACCGGGUGGUUUUCGUGAGGAUCGACGGCCGGGUCUACAGGCUGCUGAAGGCCAUGUAUGGCUUGAGGGAUGCAGGCGCGUCUUUCGACAGGAAGACCGAAUCCACCAUGAACGUCAUGGGCGUGACCUUGGGGAAGUUCAGCGUCUGCUUGGGCUACCGUAGGUCUGGCGACUCCGUUGUUCGGAGCGUGCGGUGGGGCGACGACUUCUCCUUGAGUGGUAAGAGGUUGCACUGCGCGGAGUUCCGGGACGAGCUCGGCAAGCACCUCCUAGUGAAGCAUACUGCCACGUUGGGUCCGAACCCAGAGCACGGCGACGUGGGCGAGGCCACCUAUUUGAACAGGAUCGCGCGGUGGUUCCCCCUCGGCUCGGAGGGCGGCGAGCGGAUCGAGCUGGAGGCCGACCCGCGGCACGCCGAGAUCUUGGUUCAGCAGCUGGGUCUGGACGAGGAGCGGGCGAAGGCUGUUACGACACCGGGCGUCAAGCCGACCGGCGACGACGACGACGAUGACGGACGAGAGCUUGAUCCCGAGGCCAGGUCUAAUUACAGAUCCUGGGCCAUGCGUGCGAGUUACCUGGCGCAGGACCGCUGCGAACUGCAGUUCGCGUGCAAGGAGCUCGCCCGGCGCAUGCAGGCGCCGCAUCAGAAGGACAUGCAGGCGCUCAAACGCCUUGGGCGUUUCCUGAAGGGAGCGCCUGGCUGCCUGGUGGUGCACCGGCGGCAGGCUGACCAGACGGUCGUGGACGUGCUCAGCGACAGCGAUUGGGCUGGGUGCCGGAAGACCCGGCGCUCGACUUCAUCGUCGUACACCAUUUUGGGACAGCACCUGAUCACGACCAGCAGCACGACGCAGAACGUCGUGGCCACGAGCUCUGGCGAGGCGGAGUUCUACGCCUUGACCAAGAGUGCGAGCCGCGCGAUUGGCACCGUUGCCAUGGCGGCUGAUCUGUUCAAGGUCCUGAAGCCGCGUGUGCGCGUAGACGCCAGCGCGAGCAAGG